UAAUGUCAUACAAAGCUUGUGCUUUAAGUUACAUCCCAAGAAAUUGACAAUGUUUUUGCAAUUCAGCAACAAUCGCAAGUUGAAAAAAGUUUACAGUCAGGAAGAAUCGUUUCUGUUUAAAUCAGCAAAAUCAGUUAGAACGACGGAAUGAUUAAUGAAUACAAGAAGAAGUUUACAUCGAAAGUACCCUUAAGUAGAGCUAAAGGCCAACACAAAAUGUAUUAUUAUAAACAGUGAUGAACCUUGACCACGCAAUAUUGAACUUGAUUAGCUUCGCUUUCGAAUUGCAUGAAUAUCUCAAGUGCACAUCGACUUCUAAUGAGAACAAAUCGUCUAUUAGAGUGCAGACAUGAUAGUCUUGCAAUCAGUAAAAUUGAAAAACCAGCAAGUGAUACGGUACCAUUACAAUGGAAUUGAGCUCACUGUGUUUAUGUGAAGUAGAACCGUAAGUGAAUGGUCUUUAGCCAUUGUUACGAAGAUGUGUGCCGUGUGUAACAAAAUAUUUUUACGCCGUAGGAUGCUGUAGUUCUGUGCUUUGACAAUCAGAAAUUCUGUGAUAUCGCUUGACCCGUUUUCACACAUUGAUGUUGUCGUUGAUGUAUGGUUCAUGUAUUAGGAUUUCAAUACGAGCGCGACAAUAGCAAGACAACAGCAGAGCGGAACUCGUCACCUGAACAAAUACCAAGAAAACAUCCAAGAUGUGUUCAUCAUGCUCAGACUUCCAAAAGAAAAUGGUGUCCUUUGGCUGUUCGGUCCUUCUGAUACUAAUAGCCAUCAUACUCGGCACGCUAUGGCCAACGAUGUCUUCCCAAAUGUUGCAUGAGAAAUUAGUUCUCAAAAAUGGCUCAGUUAACUACCAAAAUUGGAUCAAAACACCCAUUCCUAUGUUCUUGGAAAUCUACAUGUUCAACUGGACAAACCCCAAUGAGCUGCACCGUUACCCAGAGGUAAAACCUCACUUUGAGGAAAUGGGACCGUAUGUGUUCCAGGAGGUUCACGAGCGCGUGGGUUUGGUGUGGAACAACAACGACACCAUUACAUUCAAUCAACGACGUACAUGGCGCUUUGAUCGGGAUCUUUCCAAGGGUUCACUCAAUGAUACGGUGACCAAUCUGAAUGUUAUUUCACUAAAUGUUGCCUAUUUUGAGCGAAACGCAACAACUUUAGAGAAAAUGGUUAUCAACAAGGUAUUGGAUUGGGAUGGUUCGGUAUUUUGGUACAACAAAACCAUUCGGGAAAUUUUGUUUGAAGGUUUUGACGACACCUUGCUGGAUCUGUUGAAAACACUUAACAACACGGUAAAGGUACCAUUUGAUAAAUUUGGUUGGUUCGUAAAUAGAAAUUUGAGCGAUACAUACGACGGAACCUUCACAAUACAAACCGGUGCCGAUUCUUUGGAGAAUGUAGGCGUUCUCACGCAAUGGAACGGUGCAAAUCACACAGGAAUGUACAGGGGAAAAUGCGGCGAAGUUCGAGGAACCACUGGAGAGCUCUGGCCAGUCAUGCACAGUAACAAAACAAACGUAACCAUAUUCGCCUCUGAUGUGUGUCGUUCUUUGACACUCCAAUACAUAGAUGAAGUAACAAUACACAAUGUUGAAGGAGCCAAAUACGUUGGGGAUGAUCAAAUUUUUGACAAUGGUGUUAAAUAUCCAGAAACGGCCUGCUGGUGUAACUCUCCUCCAGCUAAAUGUCCAGAUGUCAAGCCGGGUGUAUUUAAUGCUUCUGCGUGUAAAUACGGUUCGCCCACUUUUGUAUCCUAUCCACAUUUUUAUCUUGCUGAUCAAAGCUAUCGAGACGCUAUCGAUGGUAUGACACCGAACAAAACCAAACAUGAAUUCUACAUUGCCAUCGAACCACACACCGGAAUUCCACUGGACGUGCGUGCUCAGUUACAAAUCAACAUGCAUCUACAGCCUAUAAAAGGAAUUAAGAUGUACGAAAAUAUGCCCGACAUAAUCGUACCUAUGUUAUGGUUCACACAAAGGGCAACUUUAACAGAAGAUUUGGCCAACCAAGCGAAGAUGGCUCUCGUAUUGCCUAAAUUGGGUAUCUAUAUUUCCAUUUUCCUUGGCACUGUGGGAAUUUUAAUGACCGGUAUCUUCGCGUUCUUAACUAUUAGGAAAUGGAGCGAACAGGUACCAUACGAAGAGCUGUUGCGGUGAGAUUUAGUUGACAGUGCAAUCGAACCAGAAAUUGUUUGAUCUCGAAUGUGUACCAUCGUAUGAAGUGCCUUCAAUGUGCGAUAAUCGUCUAUUAAAUUCAAGUGUAAACCAAAGUUAGUGUCGUGGACACAGAAAGACAACAGAUCUUUAAAUCUUGCCUGGAAGGUAUAAGUUUUCGUUCUACUUCAUUUUAAUCUGAUUAAAUACAAACUGAUAAAGGAUCAUGCAUCGAACAUAUCUUGGACUGUACAAUCGUAAUUUAAUUUUUUUUCUAUCCUGAUUUUAAAAAGUGCCAAAUAAAUAGAAGAUUAUAAAGAAUAAAA